CCGCUCCCGGCGGCAGCAAGCCGAGUAGCGCGAAGCGAGUAGCGGAACGCGGAGCACCGGAGGAACGUGUGUCGUUUAUGUAUAUACAUAUAUACAGUGUGAUAUACUACUUUCUUCUGUGUAACGUGAUGAUCAUUGUGACGAGCGAGUAAACGAUCAACGGAAAUCCAGUGGGACGACCGUUCGGUGCGUCUGUGAUAUGCAAAUAAGUUGUGUUCACGGCUCCGCGAAUGGACGUCUCGCGGUUCUGAAGGCAACCGACGCUACGCAACGGAGCAACGUAUUCACAUAUCGUCGAGACGCAGUCAUUGAAGAUAUCUGAAAGCAUAUAGUAGCAAAAUGAAUACUGUGGAAAAUGGAGCUGGCGACAGCAGGCCAGCUUCCAAGCAGAAAACCAUUGAGGGUAUCUACCAAAAGAAAUCACAGUUGGAACAUAUUUUAUUACGUCCAGAUACCUAUAUUGGAUCUUUGGAACCUAUGACAGAAAUGAUGUGGAUAUAUGACAAGGAAAAAGAAAUGAUGGUUCAGAAAGAAAUAAAAUAUGUUCCUGGAUUGUACAAAAUUUUUGAUGAGAUUGUAGUGAAUGCUGCUGAUAACAAGCAGCGAGAUCCUAAGAUGGAUGUAAUUAAGAUUGAUAUUGAUUCAGAGCAUAAUACUAUCUCGGUAUGGAACAAUGGAAAAGGCAUCCCUGUAGUAAUACACAAAGAGGAGAACAUGUAUGUUCCCACUAUGAUAUUCGGUCAUCUCUUAACAUCGUCAAAUUAUGAUGAUGAAGAGGAAAAAGUAACUGGUGGCAGAAAUGGUUAUGGUGCCAAGCUGUGUAAUAUUUUUAGUCAUCGUUUUACUGUUGAGACUGCAACAAAAGAAUAUAAAAAAUGUCUCAAGCAAACAUGGGGUGAUAAUAUGGGAAAAGCUAGUGAGCCUAGAAUUAAGGAAUAUUAUGGAGACGAUUUCACAAAAGUCACUUUUUCACCAGAUUUAUCUAAGUUUAAGAUGCAAUCUCUCGACAAUGAUAUUGUAUCUUUAAUGUCUCGAAGAGCGUACGAUAUAGCUGCUUCCACAAAAGGUGUCAAAGUUUUUUUGAAUGGAAGUCGUAUUCCGAUAAAAUCUUUUAAAGAUUACGUUGAUUUAUAUAUUAAGGGAAAAGAGGAUGACGUUGGUAAUCCAUUAAAAGUUGUACAUGAGAAUUGUGGUCCACGCUGGGAAUUGGCUGUUACAUUAUCAGACAAAGGAUUUCAGCAAAUGUCAUUUGUAAAUAGCAUCGCAACAACAAAGGGUGGUAGACACGUUGAUCAUGUAACAGAAUCAAUAGUCAAACAAUUGACUGAAACAUUGAAGAAAAAGAAUAAGGCUGGUGUGGCCAUUAAACCGUUUCAAAUUAAGAAUCACUUGUGGAUCUUCAUCAAUUGUCUGAUCAAUAAUCCGACGUUUGACUCACAGACUAAGGAGAACAUGACUUUGCAAGUAAAAAGCUUUGGCUCCAAAUGCGUAUUACCCGAAAAGUUUAUUGCUAAUGUCACAAAAAUCGGCAUCGUCGAAGCAGUGCUAUCCUGGGCAAAAUUCAAAGCUGAUAUUCAGCUUGAAAAACUGGGUCCUAAGUCAAAACAAAGGAAGCUGCACGGUAUACCGAAGUUGGAAGACGCUAAUGAUGCAGGAACGGCAAAAUCAUUAGAAUGUACACUUAUAUUAACUGAGGGUGACUCAGCCAAAGCAAUGGCUGUGUCCGGCAUUGCCUCUAUAGGAAGAGAUAAAUAUGGCAUAUUUCCAUUGAGAGGUAAAAUGUUAAAUGUGAGAGAAGCCACCCAUAAACAAAUUUUGGAGAACGCUGAAAUCAAUAACUUGAUAAAAAUCCUUGGUUUACAAUACAAGAAAAAAUAUGAAACUCGCGACGAUCUAAAGACUUUGCGCUAUGGAAAAAUGAUGAUCAUGACUGAUCAGGAUCAGGACGGUUCACAUAUCAAAGGUCUCUUGAUCAAUUUUAUCCACCAUAACUGGCCGUCAUUGUUGAAGCUGAAUUUUAUCGAAGAAUUUAUUACACCUAUCGUGAAAGCCACAAAGGGCAAUCAGGUUUUAUCUUUCUUUUCUUUACCUGAAUUCGAGGCGUGGAAAAAGGAUACGGAGAAUUUUCAUACAUACAAAAUCAAAUACUACAAAGGUUUGGGUACUUCUACCGCCAAAGAGGCGAAAGAGUACUUUGAGAACAUGGCCAGACAUAGAAUACGUUUUCGAUACGAAGGCGAGCAAGACGAUCAAAAUAUUGUAAUGGCGUUUAGCAAGAAGUGCGUAGAUCAGCGUAAGGAGUGGCUAAUGAAUCACAUGAACGAAACUAAAAGAAGAAAGGACAUCGGUCUUGGCGAGCGCUUUCUCUACGAAAAGGACACGCGCGCCGUCUCUUUCUCAGACUUCAUCAAUGUCGAGCUGGUAUUGUUCAGUAACUAUGACAACGUGAGGUCUAUCCCGAGUAUGAUCGACGGCUUCAAACCGGGUCAGAGAAAAGUGUUAUUUACUUGUUUAAAACGCAAUGACAAACGCGAGGUGAAAGUCGCGCAAUUAGCGGGAUCGGUCGCCGAACAUUCCGCUUAUCAUCACGGCGAAACAUCUUUGAUGGCAACCAUAAUCAAUCUCGCGCAAAACUUCGUAGGCAGCAACAACAUCAAUCUGCUCCAACCAAUCGGUCAAUUCGGUACAAGACUUGCUGGAGGAAAAGAUGCUGCUAGUCCGAGAUACAUUUUCACAAUGCUUAGCCCAUUGGCAAGGUACAUAUUUCACAAACACGACGAUGCUUUACUGAAACACGAAUAUGACGACAAUCAAAAGGUCGAGCCUGUCUUUUACAUACCUGUAAUUCCCAUGGUAUUGGUAAAUGGCGCUGACGGUAUUGGCACCGGAUGGAUGACAAAAAUACCGAACUACAAUCCACGAGAAAUUAUUGAGAAUCUACAGAGAAUGAUGGACGGAGCAGAUCCAAAACCGAUGAAACCCCACUACAAAAAUUUCAAAGGCGUUGUAGAAAGCUGUGGGGAUUAUCGUUAUGUUAUAAGCGGAGAAAUAUCCGUAAUCGGGCCUGACAAAAUUGAAAUCACCGAACUUCCUAUUGGUAUGUGGACACAAACUUACAAGGAAACUGUACUGGAACCCAUGUUACAUGGAACUGACAAAACCCCAGCUGUCAUUACGGAUUAUAAGGAGUACAACACCGAUACAUCGGUGCACUUUAUAGUAAUAAUGAAUCGUGACAAAUUAGUCGAGCUAGAAAGGGACGGUCUUCACAAAGCAUUUAAACUCCAGACAACAACAACAAUAACAUCUAUGUGCGCAUUUGAUGAAAAUCUGUGUUUAAACAAGUACGACAGCGUAGUGCAGAUAAUGAAAGGAUUCUACAAAGUUCGACUAGAGAUGUAUCAUAAGAGGAAAGACUAUUUAGAAGGAAUUUUGCAAGCGGAGGCGGCCAAACUAUCGAAUCAAGCGCGUUUUAUUCUCGAGAAAUGCGAUGGAACUCUAGUGAUAGAAAACAAGAAGAAGAAGGACAUGAUAGCAGAAUUAGUUAGACGUAAUUACGAAUCAGAUCCGGUGACGGCUUGGAAACUGUCGCAGAACAGGGAACAAGCCUUGGAGGAUCAAGAAGAAGCUGCAGACGUGGAUGAAGAAAACACCCCAACCGCGACCGCUAUGGAAAAAGAGAAUUUUGAUUAUCUUCUAGGAAUGACAAUGUGGAGUUUGACGAAGGAAAAGAAAGAUGAUUUGUUGCGACAACGAGAUGAGAAGAUGGCGGAGCUAAAGAGACUGCAAGUUCGUACGCCGGUUUCUUUGUGGAAAGAAGAUUUGGAAAAUUUGCUAAGUGAAUUAAACAAGGUUGAGGAAAAAGAACGAAAAGAAGACAGCAAACGAACCGACAAAAAACCACCCUCGAGGUUCUACAAAAUGGAGGACACUCGUCGUAUUCUUCCUGUCAUCGAUGGCGAACUAAAGAAAAAAAUCGAAAAAGCAAAUAUUGUAACAAAAGAUAGGAAAGAAGGCAUAAAGAAAACAAAGAUAAAGAAAGAACCGAUCACUCAGGAUGAAAAAGAUGAAUUCGAUGCAUUAGUCGAUACUAAUUCCAAAACCCUAGACCAAAGGCUAGAAAAGAAGAUUGGAAAGAAAGGACUGAAACAAACAACGUUGUCAUUUAAACCUUUAAAGAAAGGUGCCAAAAAGAAGAACAAGGACUCAGAUUCGGAAAUUGAUGACAUCGAUUUUGAAAGCCUCUCACCAGUUCCGGCCCAACCACGAUCGCGUAGAACUACAGCCAAGAAGAAAUAUAAUAUGAGCAGCGAGAGUUCAGACGAUGGCAGUAUUGAAAAGUUCAGUCCUUCUUCCGAUUCUGAACUCAAGAAAGAACCUGUGGUACUAAGCGAUUCUGAUGACAAUUUUAAACCAAUCAAAAAACCACCCCAACCGACACCGACUUCGGAAGAGCUUUUCGACUCGUUAGUUGGUAAUUCUUCUUUGGAAAAGAAAUCAAUAAUUUCCUCGUCCGGGGAAGACUCACCUACGAAGUUUACACCGCCCAAAAAAGCACCUGCUAAGAAAAAGACUGAAAACGGCAAAGGAGUAAAGAGACAAUUGAAGAAGAAACCAAAAAUAUCUGAGGACUCCGACACGGAUGACAUGUUUUCUAGUAAACAAAGUCCAACAAAGAAGAAGAAAAAGAAAUCAGAUUCCGAUGAAGAUGUAGUUGUAAGUGAUUUAUCACCACCACAAUAUCCCCGGAAAACGGGCGGUCGAGUUCGAAAACCCGUAUCUUACGCGCUAAAAUCCGACGACGAUGACUCUGAUUAAACGUCGUCGUGUUGCACGUGAAAAAUAGAUAUUUUAGGGAUAGUAGGGAUUGACUGAAAUACUUCAGAAUUACGGAUCUUGAAAGUGAAACUCCAUGUGGUUUGUUUGUAAAGUAUAGCACAAAUUUAUUCGGUGAUCUUCAAAGAUUUCGUUAUCGAAGUCAACGAUAAUUAUAAUUAAUUAGUAAAUAAUUUUAUGUGCAAAACACGUUUUUUUUUCUACCGCUUGAAAAACUUGGUUG